UUAAUAAGUUCAAAAUGUCUUUUAUUGGAAACUAUUUGGAUUUACUUAACUACAUACUAUCAUUACAUAUCGCCUACAAUCAAAUACGAUCCACAACAUAAUUAGUUAAUGCAAGAACGCAGAUAAAAUGCAUCUCUUUAUUUAUUUACUUUUUAUAUUGUUGACGAAAUUUUCACUUGUUUUAUUGAUUGAAAAUAAACAGACUUGCACGGAUGUAGCAAGAGAUGAUGAAAAUCUUUUGGUAUUAUCAACAUUAGGAGGAAAAUUAAUAGCACUCGAUCCAUUAACUGGUUCUAAAAGAUGGUCUAUAGAUGAUGAACCUGCUCUCAAAGUGCCUCAACCGAAAACAGGACAAUAUGUUGUGUCGCAAUUUUUACCCAAUCCAAAGGACGGGAGUCUUUAUACAUGGCAAGAUGAUAAAGAAGAAUCUUCAGGUGGUUUACUUCACAAGAUGCCUUUUACAAUACCACAACUUGUUGCUAAUGCUCCAUGUCGCUCAAGUGAUGGAAUUUUUUACAGUGGUAAAAAAAGCGAUAGUUGGACUUUGGUUGAUAUAAAAACUGGUGUUAGGAAAAAAGUUAUUGAGUUUGAUGAUUUUCCUAUUUUGCCAUCAAGAUCACAUGUUUUAUUGGGAAGAUCUUAUUAUACGAUUUUAAUGUAUAAUGAUAUGACGAAGGGUGUGUGGAAUGUGACUUAUGUGGAUUAUUCAUCUCAUACUAUGAGCGCAGAAAUGACAAAUGAAUACAAUUUUAUACAUCUGAGCGGAAGUGAAUAUGGCCUCACAGCAACUUUAGACCGAAUUACUGGUUCUUAUCUCUGGGAGUUUGAUACAGGUUCACCAGUUGUUGCAAUUUAUGUUUUGAAUAAAAAUGGAUUAUUAGCUGUUCCUUUUACAACAGUAUCUGAUGAUGCUUUGAGUGAUAUAUUGACUAAUACAAAAUUAGGCGCUGAAGACAAUAUGAAUCUAUUUCCUACACUCUACGUCGGUGAGCAUGUCCAUGGCAUAUAUGCAUUACCAUCAUUGAUACAUAGUGAAACCGCUAUAAUUAAGAAAUAUCCAAAAGCUUUUCUCAUUGAGGGACCUGAUAAUAAAUUUGAGAAUAAUGAAGUUAUGUCUAAAAAUAUCAAACACAUGGGAAGCACAAAUCUAAAAGAUUACAGGAAUUUUAUUUUGCUUGGAUAUUAUUAUCUGCCACAAAAAGAAGUAACAAGUCUAAAAAUUAGUGCUAAUAGAAAAAUCACUGAAAUAAGUAGUACUACACAAAUGAAAAAUGAAAUUACAACAAUAACAUUUUCGCAAGAUAAUAAAAGUCUAAAAAACAGUUUAUAUACUGCUGAUGGAAGUAAUGUAUCUAUUUUAAAUAGCUUUUUCAAAUUCAGCAAUAAUUUGUUAAAUAUUAUGGAGAAUGCAUCUUUUAUAACAUUGUUUAUGAGUUUAAUGAGUAUGAUGCUACCAAUUUCCAUCAUAUAUUAUAAGAGAAAUAAAUUGUUUGUUACAACUUCAAAUGAUGCCCCUGUUGUAAAGUCUGAUGAAAAAAGGUCGGAUAUUCGCAUUGGAAAGAUAUCUUUUGAUCAAAAUCAUCUUCUAGGAAAAGGAUGUGAAGGAACAUUUGUAUUUAAGGGAUCAUUUGAAUCUAGGCCGGUCGCAGUGAAAAGACUUUUACCAGAAUGUUUUUCAAUAGCUGAAAGAGAAGUUAGUCUGUUAAAAGAAUCUGAUAUGCACCCUAAUGUUGUGCGAUAUUUUUGUACUGAGCAAGAUUUGCAAUUCAUGUACAUAGCUCUUGAAUUGUGUUGUGCUACAUUACAAGAUUACGUUGAUAAAUCCUUGAAUUUUAAAUGUAAAACAUCAGAAUUAGAGCUCCUAUUACAAGCAACGAGCGGUUUGGAGCAUUUGCAUUCCUUAAAUAUAGUUCACAGAGACAUAAAACCUCAUAAUGUGUUAUUAUCAUUACCCGAUCAAAAUGGAUUCACGCGAGCUAUGAUAUCAGAUUUUGGACUCUGUAAAAAACUUUUAGUAGGAAAAUUGAGUUUUUCAAAGGCAUCAGGCAUGGCGGGUACUGAAGGAUGGAUUGCACCAGAGAUAAUAAAAGAAGAAAGAUCAACUGCUGCUGUAGAUGUUUUUUCUUUAGGCUGUGUUUUUUAUUAUGUAUUAUCGCAUGGAGCUCAUCCAUUUGGAGGUCCUCUUCAUAGACAAGCAAAUAUUUUAUCUGGGCAUUAUUCAUUGGCCUUGUUGGAAGAUAAGCCCGUUGCGCAAAAUAUAUUAUCUAGUAUGAUAGACAAAACAUGGGAGAAGAGACCACCUAUAUCGGCUGUUAGGUAUCACCCCGUAUUUUGGAAUGAAGCUAAAUCUCUUGCAUUUUUGCAGGAUAUUAGCGACCGUAUUGAAAAUGAAGUAGAAACUGCUUUGCCUGUUAAAAACUUAGAAAUUGAAGCACAUCAAGUCAUCAGAAAUGAUUGGAAAAAGUACUUAGAUACAAGUAUUUCUGAUGAUCUUAGGAAGUAUAGAACCUACUCUGGAAGUAAUGUUAGAGAUUUAUUAAGAGCUAUAAGGAAUAAGAAGCAUCAUUAUCAUCAACUCUCACCUGAUGCAUUGAAAGUUUUGGGUACGAUACCAGUGGAUUUCACUAGAUACUGGCUUGAAAGAUUUCCUCUUUUGUUGAUUCAUGUUUGGGGUUUCACCCAAUGUUUACGAAAUGAACUAAACUUAUCUGAUUAUUACCAUAAAGAAUUUAUUUUUCCUACGUGGAAUAAUGAACGAAAAUGUGAUAUUUGUGCAAAAGAAAGUAAUAAUACUAAGGAACCAAUUAAAAUAGUAUUUCUAACAAAACCUGAAACACAAACAAAUUUGCAAACUGAUAACUUCAAUACAAAUUACAAAAUGGAGAGAGAAAGCAGAUAUAUGAAGCCGAAUAAUAAUAAAUUAAAAAAUAAAUCAGUUCACAAUGGUUCACCAAAAAAAAGAAAAAUGCCAAAUAGGAAUAAAUAUGAAGAUAUGAAUAAAUCCUGUAUUUGGACAUUGCCAAUGGAGACAUCAAAAUAAUUUACUUGAUUUAUUAUGCAAUUAGAUGUAAGGUGUGAUAAUUGAUUUUGUAUCACAAUUUAUCUUAAAUCACUAAUAUUUUAUCUGUGAGGAUAUAGAAGGCAUUACAGUAAGUGAUUUAAUGACAUUAAUUUUUACUAAUUAAAUUUAACGAGUGGUGUUACAUUACUUCACAUUAUUAGGUGUU